AUGUCUAGAUCGCACUGCGGCAUCCUCCACGAAUAUGCCCCCAAACUAACCGCCUUCGAAUUCACUCCCUUAACCCCAACCUCCGCCCAAAAACAACACGCCCUCCUCUUCGUCGGCGGCCUAACCGACGGCCUCCUAACAGUCCCCUACGUCUCCUCCCUCGCGACCGCCCUUGAAAAUACAGAAUGGACCAUCUUCAACGUCCUCCUCUCCUCCUCAUAUCUCGGCUGGGGCGUUGAAAGCCUCGACAGAGACAUCACCGAGAUAGCCCAAUGCGUGAACUUCGUCCGCGCCCGUAAGCCCACCGGCAAGAUCGUCCUCAUGGGUCACUCCACCGGUAGCCAGGAUGUGCUACAUUAUCUGCACUCGCCUAAUCCGCUGCCGGGGCUGCUGGAAAGACCCGUUCUGGACGGCGCGAUCAUGCAGGCGCCCGUGUCAGAUCGGGAGCAUUUGCUGCAUAUGGUUCGGGCGAGUCAGGAGGUGAGGGGCGCGUAUGAGCAGCUGGUGAAUAUUGCGAGGGUGCAGGCGCCGGGGGCGCUUUUGCCGUUGGAUUUGACGGCGGCUGUGGGGUGGCCGGCCAAUACCGGGGUGAGCUGUCGGCGGUUUUUGAGUCUGGCGAGCCCGGAGAGUCCUGGGUGUCCGGCGGAGGAUGAUUUGUUUAGUUCGGAUUUAGGGGUGGAGAGGUUGAAGGGCACAUUUGGGGUUGUUGGGGAGAGGGGGUUGGUGAGGGGGAGGUUGGCGGCGCUGUACUCGGGGAAUGAUGAGUAUGCGAUGGCGGAGGUGGAUAAGGAGGAGCUUUUGCGGAGGUGGAAGGAGGCGACAAACGCGGGUGGGGUCGAGAAAUGGAGUGAGUAUAGCGGUGUCAUUCCUGGGGCAAGUCAUAACGUGAAGGAUGAGGGUCAGGAUUGGUUGGUGGAGCGUGUUCUUCAAACCGCCCAGCUUACUCUCUCCGAACAACCGAUCAACGAAGGUGAUCGGGCACUCUGCGACCUUGAAGCCCAUUGCCUUGGCCCUCACCAUCAUCUCCAUCUGGAAACUGUACCCCUUACUCUGGGUGCUGUGGAUGACCUUCUCCAGAACACUCUUCUUGUACAACCGGAAACUGCCUGUCAAAUCGCUCACGCCGGGCAUGAGCAUAACGUCGGCGAUGAGGUUGGCAGUCCGCGACGUGAAUUUGCGGAACAGAUCCCAGCCAUAAACACCGCCCUUGAUGUUUUCGCGACUGGCAUACCGAGUGCCCGUGACAAUGUCGGCGUCCGUUUCCUUCUGGAUGCGGAUCAUUUCCGGGAUGAACUUGGGGUGAUGGCUGAAGUCGGCGUCCAUGAUGAUAAUGUAGUUACCUGUGGCGUAUUGGAGACCGUGAACGUAGGCGGUUCCGAGUCCAAGCUUGCCCUCGCGCGGCUUCAGGUUGAUAUGUUCGGGGCCCCAGAGCUUCUGGAGCUGUUUGGCGACUUCGAGGGUGCCGUCCGGGGAGCCAUCGUCGACGAUGACAACUUCCCAGUCCAGGUUGCUAUCAGUUGA